ACAGCUGAUCAAAUGUCAAUUGUCAAGAAAAUGGAGUUUUGUUACGCAUAAUAAAUUAUGAUAAAUGUUUCAAUAUGAAAUCAAAAAACAUAAUUCUGAAAAAUUGUCAGGGUUAGAAUGGAAAGCACAACUCCAUUUCAACCUUGGGCUACUGAUGAUAAUUCGAAAAAUGUUAAAACUGAAAGAGAAUUAGUGGAUGACGCGAAACUUCAUCGGGAAAAUGUCAAUCAUCCAAAACAUAGGCAAACUGCGUCUUACGAUAAAGAAAGUGUCGUCGCUCCUAGUGCCGUUCCUGGCCCAUCGAGUGCCACGGGUACCGGUAUUAGUCCAACCGGUGGUAUGGUCUCCAAGAUGGACUCAAGCAAAAUAGCUUCCAUGCAGCAAAUUGUCGAGAACACUCUCAGUCAAGAAGGCAGACAAAGAGUGUCACAGCUGCUAGAGGCAGUGGAGGCCCUGAGUGGAGCGGAGAGACUGUUGCUUUAUCUCCGACUACCAACUGGCGUACCUCCACAUGACCCUCUGAAGCAGCCUAUCAACCCUUUGGGAUCCAGAGCUGAAUUGCAGCAAACUGUAACUUGGAUACAGACACACUUGGAAGUUGAUCCUGAUGUCUCAUUGCCUAAGCAGGAUGUUUAUGAUGAAUACAUAGCCCAUUGUAUGAGUAGCAACAUGAAGCCACUAUCGACUGCUGAUUUUGGUAAAGUAAUGAAACAAGUUUACCCAACCGUUCGUCCACGUCGCCUGGGAACUCGUGGUAAUUCUAGAUACUGUUACGCUGGUCUUCGUAAAAAAGUAAAACUCGAAGUACCGCAGUUACCCGACUUGGAUGAAUCUGCUAAGGAGCCGAGUGGAAUUAUGAAAGAAAGUGAGAGAAUAGUUUGUGAUUGGGCUGAAAAUAAAUUCGGCAUGAAGUUUGUGAAUAUCUCUGAGCUGUCCAGACAUCUCGUGUCUAUGAGCGUCACUCAGCGCGCUCCGCUCGGACCGGCCAGCGCUUCCCCGCCGCCGCUAGUUGCCGCUCACGGCGCAUCGGAAGAAGUAUCGGGUCCGCAGUUAAUGAAACAACAGUUAAAACGAAAAUUACAAACGCAGGGAACCCCCGGCCGACCAAAGAAAAACAAGGGGCAGGAAGUCUCCGGCGAGUCGCCCCCGUCUACCUCCUACGUGAGUCAGCACCAACCUGUGAAACACGAGAGCGAGAUGCUGUCCGAACCGGCGUAUGGCUACCAGCCGGCGUACGUGCCCGUGUACGACGUGCGGCCCACCUUCCCGUACAGCGCGCCCCCCCGCGCGCACCCACCGCAUCCCCCCCACGCGCCGCCCGCGCCGCACCCCGCCAUUUCCGUGCACGAGUACCGCCCCGACCCCUACGUGUUCGAGCCGCCCUAUGCGCACCGUGACCUGGCCGUGCCCCCCGACACCGCGCACAAUGUCCCGAUCAACCUGAGCAGCGACGCGUCCCUGGACCUGUCCACUGAGCGCACCGAGUGGCAGCGGCGCCGGCCACCGGACCCGCCGACGGCUCGCCUCCCGCUGCCCGGAAAAAAGUUGAUCUUGGAGACGUAUCAGAGUGAGACCCAGGCUAGUUCGCCGCGGUCCUCGCAGACCGACACGCGGUCUGUGAACCAACCCUCUGAAGAAUUUCCGCGAACUGAGUAUUUGCCGAAAAAAAUGAGGGCGGCCGAAAUACUAGGCGGAAAGCUAGCCGCGGCGCGUCAGUCGCUCGUCGGAACCGACCCGGCGUCUUCGUCUACCUCCGUCGCCGUGGAGCCGGUACGUUCUGAGGUUGCUUUUUUAGAGGAUCCAAAAAACUUAACGAGCCGGUCCAAAAGCACCGCCGCGGCGCUGGCCCGGGAGGAACAGGAGGCGGCGAGUCCGACACAGUCGGUGAAGGCUCCGACGCCUAAGUGUGAUCGCAAUAAAAUAAGAAAAUUUUGUGGUCGUACGAAAGGACUAUCUCCAGAUAGAGCGGAACAACACGAACGCUCCGCGACGCCUGAUUCCUGUUGUGGUCUAGACGGAAUAAAUAUUAAAACAGGAAUGAUUUGUGAGGAGAAACAUUCAGAGAUUUUAAAUCGAGAACGUGUAAUCAGCAUUUGUAAUAUUGACAAGCAUGACCUAGAUGAUUAUCUCAAUGAAGGGAACAGUCAGGAGCACGAGGAAGAGCUAUUGCAAUAUUUUCACCACCGAGACACUGAAUACGACGCGACGGCAGAUCCAAACACGGCUGGAAAUCCAGUUACUUUUUUAGAAACAGGUCAGGACCCACACGACGAGCACAGCCAAGGAAAGAAUGAAAAAAUAUCACAGUUGCGUGAAUUACUGGCUAAGAAUUUAAAAAAUCACACACAAGGUGGGUCCACUUCUCAGAACGUAAUCAACAACCAGGAAUCCCAGGAACAUCCCACAGAUAAAAAACACGAGCCCCAUGCUACAAAAACUACUAUUUCCGAAGGAGCGUUUAAGCCAGUCGGUAAUAUUAUCGAAAUAGUAAACGGCACCAGUUUGUCAAAUGAAAAUGACACAGCUGUUAAUAGAAAUUGUGAUACGAUUUCGAAUGAAAAUGGAAUUUCUGUAAAUUGUCCCACGGAAAAUAAUCACAACCAACUAAUAAACUCUGCCGGUUCUCAUCUUUACAACGGCAAUUGCCACAACGAACCUCAAAGUCCAACCACACGGACUCAACAAUACGAUUUCGUACCUAUAUCAGACGGAUGUCAUUCACCUGGGAAUUUUAAUUCGAAAUCACCACUAAGUUUUGGGCACAGAGGGCACAGUCCAUCUAAAACGAAUAAAACUAUAAUAAUGGGUGGAUCUUUGCAAACAUCGCCCAUCUCUCAUAGUACAGCAGCUAGUCCGUUUGUCAGUCCAAGGAAUACACCAGUGCCGAGGUCACGUUAUUGCUCUCGACCUAUACCGAAACAUAACGGCAGAAAAAGGCGUAUUCCCUUAUCACUAGGGGUUAAUGAUCUUUGUUCCAUGCCAUUUGCGAUACCAAAUGAUCAAAAAUUUAUGCUUUCGAAAACUUCCGUAAGUGGGCCUAAUAUUAAAUAUUGCCAACCGAUGUCGGCUCCUCCAUCACCGAACAUUCUUUCAAAUUACAAACAGCAGUUGCUACAAAAUUCAACAGUGCCAAACGGUACUAGCAACGUGUGUUUGAACUUUGUACCGAACGCAUUUCGUGAUAACACGAAUGGCGAACUGUCUCAACCUCUAUCAGCAGAUCCACUGUCGAGUGAGGUCAGUAGAUUUUUUCAAGAACCCGUGGCUAAUUUUAGAUUAGGCCACGACCCUUCAUUUAGAUCACAAUCCGUUCCACUUAAACAAGCACCAAUGAACAUUGGCUUACUGAGCUACAACAACACGCCUGUCGGUUCCGUGCCUCCGACGCCCGUGCCCAAUGAGUUUUGUGAUUUCGGUUCCCUCGCAGACACAUGCGAUAUUUCAAAGGCCGGUCUUAAUCCUGAAACUUUAGAUAAGAUAUACGACGCGAUUGAUAGUAGUAACGAUGUACUUAAUGCCGGACCAACGGCUAACAUUUUGAAUACUAAUGAUACUCUGACAAAUGGUUGUGACUCCUUGCCCGAUCAGCAGAUCCUAACUGAAGAACAGUUAAAUUCCUUUAUACCAAGUGGUGGUGCGCUAAUCGAUAGAAGUGCUCAAUUCAGCGAGACUUUUCCCAAUGAUGCGUGUACAAACGUUGAAGAGUUUCUAAAACGAACAAAUCGAAUAGAAUUUGAUUUAACUGAAAUGGUAAAUGAGAAGAGUAAAUAUUAUACUUCGCGAUCAGUACCCAGCACACCGUUGCCGUAUAAACGUACGACUCCAAAUUUGCAAAUUGAUUCUCGUCGUUCCAGAGAAUUAUUUGCCGCUGAGAAUUAUUCUAAUGUUUCCAACGGUAUAUCUUCAAAAUCCGUACCGUCGACUCCGCAAUUACCUGAGGAUAGGAGUGUUUUUAGCUAUAGUAACAGAGAUUUCCUUAUCAAUGGAAACUCCGUUGAUAUCUGUACUUCUAAUCAAAUACGAUCCGUCGUAGAAAGUGACCAAGGGUUAGCUUCGCCGCUAGAUAUUUUACGCGAAGACAUAUUAGAUCCCCUUCCGCCAGCUGCCGAUUUGUUAGCAGACCUCGACAAAAUAGAUGGUACCCCGUAUGUUGACCUCUAGUCGGCAAAAUGAUUAUCACCAAUUAGAAAUAAGAUUAGAUUCAAUGUUUUGUACAGUUAGAUAUCGAGUAUUGGAUAUCUUUAUAGAGUACAAUGUCUUUAUGCCUUCAGUGAAGGUAAAAUUAUUUCAACAUAUAGUUUAAAAUAUGAAUCGCACACUCCCAAAAAUAUGAGUCAAUACAAUGCACCACAAUAAUGUGAUAAGAAUAUUAUAUCUCCAUAAUAGAAUAAGGAAUACUAACAAUGAAUGAGAUUCAGUUGAAAUAUUCAUAAUUUAUAUUAAUCAGGUUUUAAAUAUGUCCCUUGAAAUUCAUGAAUAUAAAAAGGCCUAUUCGUAUUAUGAAAGACGUGAGAGUCGAUAUUCAUUAUUGAAUAAUGUAGCCAUUCAUUGCUAUUUCAUUGUUGAAUCAGCAUUCUCGUGAUAUUUAUUUUAUUUAACGGGGCCAAAUUAAGUGUCUGAUUUGAGAAUUAUAGUAGUAUUAAAGGUUCGUGUGAGUAGGACGCCCUAUAUAACACACUUUGUCGCACUUACGCAAUUUUUAGAACGUUAUAGUAACGAUCCACGCUCGAAUCGAUAUAUUAUACGAUAAGAGUAAAUGGUCCAAAAGAGCGAAACAAAAAUAGUGAAUCAAUGGAAAUUUAUAUUAGUUAUGGGUCACCAUGAUACAGAAAGAUGAAAUAAGAGAAAAGUUCAAUUUUAAUUAUUAAAAUUUAUUUUAAAAACCAUUACAUAGUUUCCGCAAUAUUAUUAAUUACAAAGUACAGUUUGAACACCGACGUGUCGUAAUACCGCGGGCAGCGUCUUUAAUACUACUGUAAGCACGCUUCAUGACAAUAUGUAAGCUCAUUGUAAAUUCAAAAAGAACAUCGAAAUUUUUUAUAUAUACUUAUAUGUAUGUAGGAGCGUUACAAUCAACAUCUAAAUGAAAUAAAAAUGUGCUAGCUAAUCAAUUCCUUCUAAAUAUUGAACGUAGCUAUGUAGAUUUAAACAGACCAAACAGCGCGCCAAGCGUGCAAAGUGAACUAUGAUUAAUUGGAUUUAUUAAGAAGAACUUAUAUGAAUAGUAGGUAUAUAGUUUAUAAAUAUGAAUUUAUUGUAAAUCAGCACAAAGAUUUUAAUAUAUUUUAUUAUCGCAUAGGAGUUUUUCUCUUAUAUACUAAAUUUACAAGACCGCAUGUAAUGCGGUUAUAAAUUUUAAACGUGCCCUUUAUGGCUGCAGUGAGCUUAUAUGGGAAACCAAAUUGAAAAUAAAUAUUGUUAAUAACAUCAAGAGGUUAGUCAAAUAAUUAUCACCACUUCAAAGGAGCGAGUUGGCGUUAAUAUAAUAUAUUAAUGUGUUACAAUGUUAGUUAACAUUACCUCAAGUACCACUGUUGAGUGUUGACUGACCUCAGUUGUUUUUGGUCAAGAUAGACCUUAAAGUAUCGGAAUGUUUAUUUCAAUCUAAUUGUUAAAUGUUUUGUUAAAGCUUCUUAUAAUUAUAAAAAUAUCAUUUUCGAAUGCCGUACAUCCUGAUGAUAUGAAAUCAAUAAAAUGUACAGCAUUCGAAUAAAGUAGAAGUUUAUAUUUAUUUCCUGGUAAUGUGCCUAAAUUACAUAUUAUAUUAUACGAAAAAUAAUAUACAACAGGCUUAGUAGUUGGAUUGUUAAACGCUAGUACAAAUGACACACUGAUUUGACAGGGAUAUACAAUUAUGUAAGUGAAACCGAAGACUGUUAAAAGUUUAUAAAUAUUUUGAAAGUGAAGUUAUUAAUUUUCAUUGAGAAUUGUCUCGAAUAAUAAGACAAUGAACUAAGCGAACAACAGUAUAUUCCAAUUUGGUACAUAAUACCAAAAUAGUCUUGUACCUUAUUAUGCUAAGUGUACACUGUCAAGAUUAAUGUGUUAUUAACGAAUAAGACUUGUCGAGAUCUCAUCGAGGACAUCGACAGUUAAAUCGAUUCGAAUAAAAAAAAAAAUAUAAGUAAUAUUUCAACGAUGAAAAUGUAUACAUAAGGAUGUCUUUGAUAAGAUCUCUACAGAGAUUUUUGUAUAUAGAUUAAUGUUAUUUUAUAUAACGUGUUUAGUUCUUUAAGAUAUAUCUUGACUGUAACAUCCAUCAUACGUCUAAUUAUGUCUCCGUAUUGUAAUAAGUACUUAGCUAAAAUUACUUUGUCUAUGCUUCGGUAGUUAGGUCAUGAUAUAAAUGUUUCGCUGUUUCGUGUAUAUACACCGAGGCAAUAUUUCUUACACUUUACAUUGUCUGUGUAAUUCAUUGAUAGAAUAUUGAUAUGGGCGUUUUUUGUCCUAUUAUUUAAUGAGUAUCAGUGUAGGACUUAAUAUUUGUUACAAUUAUAAACCGAUUAUUAUACAUAUUCGGUCACUCGCCAUUUUUAUCAUUAAAAUCAAUUACGAUUUUUAAAACAGGCUAUUGUUUUAUUAGGUAAAAAUAUAUAGGCAGUUACUUACUGCCUUGUCUAUGAAAUAUAUAAAAAUAUAUGUACAAAUUACUAUAAUCUUAAUUUCUAAAGAUUAACGCAAUUUGUACAUAAGUAUAACUAAAAGAACUAAAAUUUUAGAGAUUUUGCUCGAUACCGUCAUUAAAAUAUUAGAUUUGUUGUCUGUAUAAAUAUAUUUUUCAUAUAAAACAUUUAUUCCUUAGCUUAUAUAGCGUCAUUGGCAAAAUAACAGACGUAACGUCAUCGUUGUAGUGAGACACCUUUAUGUCAUAUGAUGGAAAUUUGUUACUCGAUAAUCAUUAUUAUUGUUAUGUACAUAUUAACGUUAAUUUUUGUAGACGUAUAAAAACAUGACACUGUUUAUUUUUAUUACAAUUAUGUUGUUCCGUUAAUAUUAUUGUUUUUAUUUCUUAAUAUUUUUAUAAAUGUACGAUAUGAAAUAAGGUUUUAAAUAUAUAUUUUAAGUAAAAAUAUCCAUGUUGUUGAUUAGUCUUAUGGAUGUUGAU